AUGGCUUUACCCAAGAAACAAGACGUAGACCUGGAGCUGCGGUACAUCCAGUAUCAGCACGAGCUCGAAUCUCGUUAUCUACCAGCUAUACGCUCGCUCAUAUCCAAGGAUUUAAGCGAACCUUACAGCAUCUAUGUGUAUAGAUACUUUCUUUGCCAGUGGGCACACCUGUGUUUCAUGGCCAUAAACCCGCAGGAUGCGAGUCUCAUUGGCGUCAUUGUCUGCAAAUUAGAAGUCCACUCGUCUCAUUCUCCGCCCACGCGCCGAGGUUAUAUUGCUAUGCUUGCCGUCGACUCCGCUUACCGAGGACUUGGCAUCGCGACGGCUCUGGUCAAGCGAGCGGUUGAAUCCAUGGCAAAACGAAACGCGGACGAAAUUGUGCUGGAGACGGAGGAAUCCAAUGUUCCAGCAAUGAAACUUUACGAAAGGCUGGGCUUUAUUCGGUCAAAAAAGCUGCAUCGCUAUUAUCUCAACGGAAACAGCGCAUAUCGCCUUGUCCUUCCUCUCAGAGCCUUGGAUCCAGGCACGGGUCCGGGCUAUCACAACAGCGAGAUUAUCUGA